AUGCCAAAACAUAAAAAAAAAAAAACAAUAUUCAUUUCUCUUUGCCAGGAAGAUGAAGUCUACCGCAUGAAGUCCCCGGGUCGUUUCCUGGAUGACAUCGCCUCGUGGAACAUCGAAGUCAUGGACCAGUCUGCCUUCUGGCCCAACAACCCUGAUUAUCUGCCUAGCUCUGUAGCAGGUGCUGAAGGAGUUAUCUGGACGUCGGGUUUCCUCGUCCCUGGCAAGACCGACGGGCAACUGCAGAUGUACGACACUACGAAGGACCCGGUCGAUGGUCCUUACAACAUCGCCAGGAAUGAUAAUAAUGCGUGGUCUUAUCACCGCGUGGUCUGGAAGGACAUGGACCUAGACGGAGAUCUCGACGCACUCACAGCCAGGUUCCACAAGCCUGUCCUCGGUAGUACCAAACACGACCUGGUUUGGUUUGAGAACGAAGGAACAGGUUUUAGCAUCGGGUGGAAUGAACACAUCAUUGCCAGCGACGGGCCAGACGUUCACUUCGAUCUGGUAACACUAAAUGCAGGAGGACGAGACUACGAUUGCAUAAUUGUGGGCGAAUUCUUCAACCAGAGGACUUCUAUCUACUGGACGGAGAGCGAGACGAAUGACUGGAGUGAUCUUUCGCUUGUGAGUGCCGAGGUUUUGGUUUGUCUUUGUGUUUUGACAGACGAAUUCCCUCACUUCAAAAUCGCCGACAGUUUCCGCCCCAACCAGAUCCUAGCCGGACAGACCAUGUCGCCGGGAACGCCCAAGGUCUACUACCCCAACGCCGCCUACGCUGAAGAUGUGGCCGAAGACGGAAUGCCACAUAAACCAUACAUCCUGCUGUCUGGAGACGAUGAUGGUCGCAUGUACGUGUUGUACCCAAGCUCUGAGGACCGUAAUGACUGGGUGUAUCAGAAGCACAUCCUGGUGGACACUGAAGACACCACUGUUGGCAAAAUGGCCCACGGUGACCUGGACGGAGACGGUUACGAAGAAGUCAUCGUGGCUGGAUAUACGAUUGGCGAAGUCUAUGUCUUCACUUACGCUCCUUGAGAUGUCUUUGGAUGUCACUGCGGUCCUCGGUGAUGUCACUUGAUGUCUGGCUUUCAUCUUUUUCUUUUUUUCUUCUUCUUUUUCUUUUUUUCUUCUUCUUUCUCUUUUUUCUUUUUUUUUUCUUUUUUCUUCUUUUUUUUCUUCGGUGUCAACAAUUUUCUACUAUUUUUUUUCUUUUUCGUCUGUUUUUUGUUCUCUUUUGUGAUAUCUUCUACAUUUUUUUCUCAUUUUUUUUCCUUUUCCUUUUCUCUCUUUUAUUCAGCGACAUCUUUUUCUACACUUUUUUUUCUUACUUUUCUUCUUCUUCUUCUUCUUCUUCUGCUUCUUCUCCUUUUUGGUUUGUUUAUUUUUUGGAAAAAUAUAGCAGUCUUUGAUA